CUGCAAGUGGGCGUUGGAUUUACCUGUAGCCGCAGGUAAAAUACGGCACGGCGCAGACGGCACGAAUCUCACCGAUCAAAGCUUUACUGCGAGCCGAGUCAGAAAGCCGAAAUCCACACGUUUGACUCGUGUCCAGUCAGUGAAUCAAAACAAAGAUCGAUGAAGUGGAGGUUAUAAAGCGUCAGAAAGAACAUAACUUCACACUCGGACUACUUCCGCGAUCUUGAAGAGCUCAAAACACCUGAAGAUUUGAUCCGAGCCUAUGCGGUCCUGAAUGUGGUGAGUUAUGCCUGGCCACAGCACAGGAUCACAUCACAAGACGCGUCCUCAUGGCUCAAGCCGCUCUAGGGCCGAUGGCUACAGGCAAAGCCGGACCUACUCCAGGGACAGCAGAACCAGUCAGGAGACCUACAAGGAGAACUACAGAGAGCAACCUCGUAGCAUAGACUCGCAGUUCCCCCGUAAAACCCAUCCUCACUACGCCAAUGGACGAGGCUCAGAAACCCUGGGCUUUAUCCCAGGCUCCGCUGACUCUCCUCAAGGUACGCAAGCCUGCGGCUCAUGUGCCUCUCUAGGCUGGAGUGGUUGCAAAGCUGUGCUUUGCUGCAUUCUGACUUGUGGGUUUUAUGGCUCUCGCAAACCUUGCUUGCCGCCCAACGAGAGCUCCACUGACAAGCCUUUAAAAACCGAGCCGGAACCAAGGAAGUCUAAUGGAUUGGCUCUGUCCAAUCCCACGUGCGGCGUAAGCCUCGAACCGAGCAAAUCAAGGCCGUUGCGAAGCUCUGAAAGCUUCAGGUACGGCGACGUUUAUUUUGCUGGCAAGAAAGUGGAGUACCCUGUCAACUCGGAUGCACCUCCACGACGGACCAGAAUGACUGGAAAGGGUGACAACAACCUGCGUCCCAUCAGCGAUACCAGUAUCAAGAGUAUCUACUCGAGGGAGGAUUUGGAUCUAGACGACCUGGAUGACGGUGGCACUGACAUCGACUCACUGAUCACUAAAAAGCUUCUAGAAUUGUAUAAAAUGCACCAGAUCGAGCAGCUUGCCAAAUGCACAUCCGACGUGUCCUUCUCCCGGAAAACCAUCGAGAUCAGCGAUCUGAUCAACAGCAUUGCUCAGGACUACAACUUGGAGGAGCAGGAAGCGGAGUGCCGGCUGGUACACGGCGUCAUACGCAUCAGCACCCGCAACAAAUCCUCGAAAGGUUACAAAACCAAAGACUAUAAAUCGCACGAUGCAAUGGAGCAUAUUAACGGGAGGAGGGAUGGAACGCUGCCCGACAGUGGGAACGAGACCAUGACCUUCACCUUUAGUGAUGGUGAACCUGAGGUGCUAGUGUCAGAACUGACACCGUCAGAUGAACUUGCCCGAAAGAUGAGAGGCAACAGCGGGAAAAAUUACUACUCGAGUUCGGCCACAGACUCAUCAGGCGCUCCACUACUCCGCUAACACCCCGGCUGUUCCCUCUCAGUUAUUACUGCCUAACUAGUGUUCAUCUGUCCUUGUGCUCCUCUCAGAUUUCAGUGAAAGCAUGUAUUAUGCUAAGAACUGUUUGUGUUUGUCAGAAUGCCCAAAGACUGCUGUCGUCCCACAGCUUCUGUCACAAGUGUAAUGUUAAACAAUGGAGCCUGUUGCAAAAAACCAAUGGUUUCCUACUGCCCUUGUGCCAUGUGGAUUGUUACAUAAUGGACAAGUUUCCUGACUAAACCAUUGGCAUCAAAGGGUAUCUUAAGUAUUGCUUCUGAUUAUAUUUUUAUAGACUGUUGUCAUUCGCGGUGAUGUAUCUAGUAAAUAUGCAUGUAUUCAGCACUGAGACUUAAACCUGUUGCCCUUCAUUGGACUGCUUUGCUCUAGUAGCCCAUCAUUCAAGUGUGCUUUAGAUGAACAAUGUCCUUGUUUUGUGUUUAAAUGAUUUAAUGCAAUUUAAUGUUGUUUUGGGACUGUUUGCAGUCAUCCACAUCUGUACGAUGGAACGUCAGUUUUGAAAUACUUUGUAUAGAUUUUUUGUAUUGAAAUAAAAAGGGAGUUUCCUCUCA